AUGAAAGUUUCCUUCCGCCGGAGGAAAAAAACGACUAUCACAAGUGCGCCGCUGAGCAUGGCCACGUCAGGCCCAUCGAGAGCUGCGACGGACAGGAGUCGUGGCUCAUCGUCGUCCGCGGACAACAGCAAGUUCGAGAUCACGGUCGCGGUCGAUAGCACGCCGUCGCUUGCCCACAAAAACGACGUCGGCGAAGGGAGCUGGUGGCACGACGGGGGCGGCAUCUACCGGCAUGUACUGCUUCACAGAAGUGGUAGAACCAAGCCGCGCAUCGUCGAUGUGUACCUGCCACACAAAGUGGUCACGGAGCGUAUAGACCAGCACAAGCUGCCUCUGCGCGCGGACGUCGCACUGGACCCGGUCAUCGAAGUGAACCUCGGUGAGCGAGAUACCGACGUAAUAUCUGGGAGGCCCCUGAAAUGGAAGUAUGCUGACGCACUGACAGCUGCCGAAGACGACGCUGCUGGGAGCAUGCCGGAGCAUGCGGAGCCCACGGGCAGAACCACAACCACCGGAGCUGCUGCGAGCGGUAAUGCCGCUAUUCCGACCUCGGCGGAAACGGUCGGGGGACCCGCGCUGCAAAAAGGUGCUUCCGAAGAUGAAAAAGCGCCUCUCAGUGCGGACGCUGCCAUGGACGCAAGAUGGCAAAGUGCUGCAGUGUGGAGCGUUGCUGCGAGUGCAACUAGCCACGCGUCUGGAGCCGACCCGCACACGAACGUCAAGGCCAUCUCGCGCAAAGGUGCUCCCUGCUGUGAGCCGUGGCCUUCCCUCAUUCGCGCCGGUGCUGUUUCUUAUUCCUUCUUCUGGUCGUCGUGA